AUCCUGCCGAAGCUUUGAUGGAAAACACCAAUCUUUGAAUCGAUGGCGUCUUGGACUCGAGUUUUCAACGACGGGAAGCCGUUUCUGGCUAUGGUUUCGAUGCAGUUGAGUUAUGCGGUGAUGUCGAUAGUUGCUAAAUGCGCGCUGAAUAAAAAGAUGAGUCCUCAUGUACUGGUAGCUUACCGGUUGGCAGCCGCCUCUGUUCUCAUUACUCCGUUCGCCCUUGUUUUAGAAAGGAAAUCGAGACCGAAGAUGACAUUGAGUAUCUUUGUCAAGAUAAUGCUGAUCAGCUUACUCGAGCCGGUGCUCGAUCACAACUUCUUCUAUACCGGGAUGAAGUAUACGACGGCGACGUAUACGGCUGCCAUGUGCAACAUUCUUCCUGCCUUAACCUUUGCAUUGGCUUGCAUCGUCAGGCUCGAGAGAGUGAAGAUCGGGAAGGUGCGUAGCCAAGCAAAGGUGGCUGGGACGGUGGUGACUGUUGGAGGAGCAAUGAUGAUGACUCUUAUCAAGGGGCCUAAUCUAGAAUUGCCGUGGACAAAGGGACGGAACCACCACAUUGGUCGAUCUGGUACGAGCGAAGAUCACAAGCAAGAUCUAAUGAUCGGUGCUCUUAUGCUCAUUGCAGGCUGUUGCUGUUGGGCUUGUUUCAUCAUUUCUCAAGCAAGGAUCCUAAAAUCAUACCCGGCUAAGCUUUCCCUUACUGCUCUCAUAUGCAUCACGGGCACGGCGGAAGGCACCCUUCUUGCAUUAGUCGCGGAAUGGCGCAAUCCAUCAGUCUGGCGAAUCCAAUUCGACAUCAAACUCGUUGCUGCUGUCUACGGCGGGAUGGUGACUGCAUUCGGCCUAUAUACAAUGGGGUCGGUAAUGAAAGUAAGGGGUCCGGUUUUCGUGAGCGCUUUCAAUCCGUUAGGCAUGGUCAUCGUCGCGAUUUUAGGCUCCUUGUUCUUAGCCGAAGAAAUGUACCUAGGAAGAGUAAUCGGCAGCAUUGUUAUCGUAACCGGCCUAUAUCUAGUCUUAUGGGGUAAGAGCAAGGACCAACCUCAACCGAGGUCGGAAGGCACGGUGGCGCGAGCCGAUCGGCAAAUGGAUACUAUAAUGGUCACAUAGAGAAUCCUGAUCCUGAAUCUAUUACCAUAGAAAGAUGACU